GUUUUCAAUAUUUAUUUCAUUAAGGAUCCAUUGCAUAAAUCGAAUGACUAAACUCUAGUUCUGUUUGUUUUUUUAAUUCUAUGUACAUCUUACAGUUCAGGUUAUGGGAACCCAUGCGACCUCCAAAACCCAUUCGUUGACCUUCACGCAAAUGCCCUUUUACUUUGUGUUCGCUCUCUCAAACCCGCUUCAUUUUUACGUAGUGAUUGUCAGGUUAACAGACCAAUAGCCAUUUAGCUUUGGUUUUCUCGAGCUGAAAGUAGGAGGGCUACCGGGCGGAGGCGUAAAGGUAGUCUGACUCGUUUCCACGAAUCGGUUCUUUUGAACAGUGAAUAAACUCACUGAGGAAUUAUUUUACGUCGUGACGUAAUUGCGUCAUCGCUGCGCAGAAACUUUUUUUCUAUCACAUUUUAUGAUGAGGGUGUUUUAGUUUUAAGUUUGUUGAAGACAUAAUGCAACUUAACGGCAAAAUAUAUGCAUAUAAUUGACACGAGAACCGCUCGGACUGUUCGUUACAUGAACCAUUCUGUCCGACUCGUAAACGAGUAAUGACACUGGGGUUUUGUGAAGCGAUUCAACAGACUCGUUGAGAAGAUCCGACUCUGACAGAAUGAAUCAUUCACAAAACGAACAUCGUUAGAAGAACACGUGGUUUUGUAAUCUGGAGAACCGUCCUCUGUGAAGCUCAACAAUGGGCAGUGUGUUGGCUGCCAGUGCCCCCAGCCCUCCUGCACCUGGGCCAGGUGGACCAGGUUUGGUGUCAGUCCCACCAGGAUUCACGAUGCCCUCCGUGUCCCCCGUCUCUGUGCCUGGCAGCUCUUCAUCUGGGCACCAGGAGACUGAGCCUCCCCUUUCAAACCCCGGUGGCUUUGAAGAGUGCCACCGCAAAUGCAAAGAGGUGUUUCCUAUGCAGAUGGAGGGUGUUAGACUAACAGUGAACAAGGGCUUGAGCAACCACUUCCAGGUCAACCACACGGUGUUGUUAAGCACUCUAGGAGAUUCCAGUUACAGGUUUGGAGCUACUUAUGUGGGGACCAAACAAACAGGACCAGCAGAGGCCUUUCCUGUCAUGGUUGGUGACAUGGACAACACGGGGAGCCUAAAUGCACAGAUUAUUCAUCAGAUCACAGACAGAGUGCGCUCGAAAUUUGUAUUCCAGACUCAGCAGCAGAAGUUUGUGAACUGGCAAGGAGAUGCUGAAUUCAAAGGAGAAGAUUUCACUGCUGCUGUGACCUUUGGCAACCCAGAUGUCUUGGUUGGGUCAGGAAUAGUUGUAGCUCAUUAUCUCCAGUCUGUGACUCCAUCGCUGGCAUUAGGGGGUGAGCUGAUGUACCACCGACGGCCCGGAGAGGAGGUAACAGUCAUGUCUCUGGCAGGUCGAUAUACAGGCAGCAACUUCAUCGCCACACUGACACUAGGAGGAGCUGGAGCUCAUGGGUCGUAUUACCACAAAGCCAAUGAUCAGUUGCAGGUCGGUGUGGAGUUUGAAGCAAGCACCCGUACGCAGGACACUAGUGUAUCAUUUGGAUACCAACUGGAUGUCCCCAAAGCUGAUCUGGUCUUUAAAGGUUCUAUAGACAGUAACUGGGUGGUUGGAGCCACGCUUGAAAAAAAGCUGCUGCCUCUGCCUCUGUCACUGGCCCUCUGCGCUUUCCUUAAUCACAGAAAAAGCAAGUUCCAGUGUGGGUUUGGCAUCACCAUUGGUUAAUCCUACCAUCUUUCUUGGUUAAUGCUGCAGUUUACACACCAGUGCUGUGGCUGGUGAAACAGUAAAGAUUGGACACACUUGCAUAUUUAUCCACAACUGUACAAAAUCAGUCAGUAAACAUGAAGCAAAAUAAAGUAAUAUUUGUUGUUAGUUCCAUGUAUUAGACCAACCUUUGCAGUGAUAAUUCCAAUAUCCAAAAAAGUACAUUUAAAAACAUCACUACUGCUCGAUGCAUUAUAAGAGAAACCAAGAACAAAUACAAACAUACAAUUUGCCUUUCAUUUUCUUGUUUACGUUCAUUUUUUUUAAAUAUAAAUUAUUUCCUUGUUUAUUUUUUGUUUUGUGUUGCAUAGUUUAUUUUCCCUAUGCAAUGAGCAGGGAUUUUUUUUCACAAUGAUUUUAAUCAAGUUGCUGGAUCUCUGUACUCGUAUAGGUACCUAUAUAAAUAAAAUAUAUGCAUUGCAAGUAUUGUGAAACAUGGAUAAAUUCUUAAAACAUAUAUCUGUCCAUCAAACUGAGAUGCAUGUAAAUGAAUGUAUUUUUGUUGGUGUAAAAUUUUUCAUUUGGAGGUAGAAUUGUUUUUCUAAUGAAUUUGUCUGAUACACUGUUGCAUAACUGAGAAACAUAAACAAAAAAAGCCUAAAAAAGGAGAUUAAAGGGUGGAUAUUUUAUUACCAAAUCCUAAAUUUAUGACAUUUGCCACAGUUAUAGUUUUUUUUCCCCCACCACAUACAGUGCCUUCAUAAACACUUUAUAAAUAUGUAUAUUGUGUAUUGCCUAAUAAUGUCUCCACACCAAGUAUAGUGUGUGUAUGAUUAAGUAUAAAACUUAUAAAUGACUAAGUAAGGGAUAAUCAACGGCUAGCUGUGCAUUAAACGAUUUGAAUGCACGACGUGGAGGCGAAGAACCGCCGGACGCGCAGCGAAGUGCAUUCAAAUCGUUUAAUGCACAGCUAGCCGUUGAUUAUCCCGUUUAUGCCAUGGUCAUUUCCCAGCAUUCACAUAUUAAAGAUGUUAAUAAUAUAUGCGCUGCAAUAUUUGACCGGAACGAUAAAAAUGACGGUUAUUUUCGUCUGUAUUACUAUUCAACUGUAACUGUAUGUUACUAUGGCUACCAAUGUUUAUAGGAAGUGCAUUAAUAUAGAACGUGAUUAAACUGACCUGGAACUACCUGCAGUUCAACGAAUUUAAUCAACACCUACCAGCCAAUCAGAAUCGAGUAUUCAGACAGACCAUGGCAUAAUAAUAGAUAAUAUUGUGUCUGUAGCUGAUAUGAUUGCUUACGUUAACAGUAAUUUUAUUUUAUUUGUUUACCAAGCACAUUGACUCUGUCCGGUUUUUAAUUUUUUUUUUAGGUGAAUACAUGCCAGAACAUAAUAUAGUAAAAUAAAAAAUACAAAACACA